UCUAUUUUUUCAACAUAGUCGAUAAAACAUUCGACACAAUUAUACGUGACGGUUUUUGCUUUUUCCUUUUCCGAACUCCGAAUUUAUUCGGUGUCGAACUGUCGAGUAGAGAUUAUUGGAGAUCAUCCAUCGCCGUUCAGAUUCUGAUUGCCUGCCUCCCUCCCUUUACAGAAAUUUUAAGCGAAAGAUAUGGCGUGCUUGCAUGAUCACAGCUGCGAAGAUCACGAUUGUUCAUCCGAUUGGUCUCUCUACAAACACAUAGACAUCCCCAAGGUAUCUGCACUGAAUGAGGCUGUUCCCGGAAGUGUUAAAUCAGUUUUCAAAGCUUGGGAGCAGCGCCUGAAUUCUUCAGAGGGUUUCUUGGAAAGCAAUGAGGGAGAUCCUGAAUUAAUCGUAUUUAUCCCAUUUACAUCAGAUGUUAAGAUAAAGAGCAUUUCAAUUGUUGGUGGUGCUGAUGGAACAAGUCCUUCAAAGAUGAGGGCGUUUAUCAAUCGAGAAGGAAUCGACUUCUCAGAUGCUCAGAGUAUGCAAGCUAUUCAGGAGUGGGAUUUGGCAGAAAAUUUACAAGGAGUCUUGGAAUACCAGACAAGAUAUUCUAGGUUUCAAGGUAUUGGAAAUUUGACCCUGCAUUUUCCUGAUAAUCAUGGUGGGGAUACAUCUAGAAUACAAUACAUUGGGCUAAAAGGUGAAGCCACUCAGUUGAAGAGAGAUGUUGUUGCAACUAUUGUUUAUGAGCUUAUGCCAAAUCCUUCUGAUCACAAGACAAAAUCUGAAACCGGAGGAGGCAUGUCACAUGUUGAGUGAGUUAGUUUGCACUCACUAUAUAAAAUUGUUAGUAGACUCCCUCUUUUACUUUUAUAAAUUACAAAUGUACCCUUUCUGUUUCACUCAACCAAACCUUGCUAUGUACUACUAGACUUAAACAAUGUGUCAAGUUUGCUUUGUUUGUAUACUAUGCUGAAUCAGACUCAUUUUAACAGAACUAUAUAAUCUGAUAGAAAUCAAGCAUAUUACAUAUUACAGGAAGUUGUUUACAUCGUAAGAAAAAGAAAAAAAUAAACACACACAAAAGAAUUCAUUCUCCUAACCUACUGGCCCUUGCUAGCAGUAUUGUUAAAUGAGCCUUUAAAAAAAUCAGCUCUUCAUGAAAUUUGCGGGCCAUACCCAAGGUCAAACAUUAUAUAGGUUUUAUUCCACUUAUGAUAGAUAAAUAUGUUAACCAUAAGUAACUCGCCUUUUUUUUUUUUUUUUAAAAAAGUUUUCCUAAUAAGAAUCCCAGAGAGGAUAAUCCGGUAUCUCUCCCCACUCACCCAUUUGAUCAAAGUUAGCAGCAGCAUUACAAAAAUACAAUUUUUGUUCCGCAAUAAAAACAUCACUCAAUUCCAUCCAAAUUUUCGGGGAAUCAAGCGGCGAAUCAUUUAUCGCCUGAAUUUGACUAGGCGAAAGUCCGAUAUUGACUGGGACCAUAUGACUUGACCCAGACCCAGACCCACUCUGGUCAUGACCAUAUUCUGGCAUGAGCAGGGGUCUGAACCGCGUGGCGGCCUCUUGGGCCGCCAUGCGUAUACAUUCUGCAGUUGAGCAGACCGGUCUCGGGAGUUCAUUUGCUCUUUCCGGAAAAUUAAGUUUGGAGACAUCACCGCCACGGAGGUAAAAUGCCGCCGCGUCAUAGGCGGCUGCCGCCAUCUCCGGCGUCUCAAAACUCCCUAACCAGAUCCGCGAAUCCUUCCCGGGCUCACGUAUUUCGGACACCCAUUUUCCCCACUUCCUUUUUCUGACACCCCGGUAGACCGAAGAAGUACCACCCUUGUGCAUGGUUUCUUUCAUGUUUUUAAGGCAAUAUUUUCAAUUGUCAAUUUGCAAUCGCAGAUAUGUAUUUAAC